AGUACACAGAGUACACGCAGAUCCAGACUGGCGGAAGUUAAACGUGACAUCUGAUCUGCUUUUUUGUUCACGGAAGUACUUGAACAGCGUAGGUGGGUUGAAUUACGACAUUAUAUAGAGAUCUCUUUGCUGCGCGUUCUCCUAACACACGAUCACAAUUGCUUUCCAAUGGAUUGCUGAAUAUCUGGGUCAUCUUUUACCAAGAGCAAGUAUUGAUUGGCAGUAUUCGUACUUUUCGCUAGGGAUCCCGAGACGCAUCUCUCUAGUUCUCUCUUAUUUACAUUGUAUGUGCAUAGUCACCGAAAAUAUGUUGACCUCUACAGAAACGCUCUGUGUUUGAACUGGGCUCGCGUGUACCAGAGACGUCUGGCAGGGGUCAAAGAAGGUUAUACGACUGGGCAUAUGCGGAAUGGGCAGAGAGCAUAGAACAGCGUGCUCAGAGUUUAUUUUUGAUAUCUGCGGCAUUUCUUCAGAGAGGGGGUCUGUCAGGCAGCGUUAUAUUCAAAGAGGUGCAUUAGCCUGCAUAUAUUCAUGCACACCUAGGAUGAAUACCACAUGGAACGGAGGUUAUAAGGCGCUGUAGAAGCCAUUCGGGUAACACAAAUAUAGCUGAGCCCACCGUGCCAAUGACCCGAUAAAGGAAAAAAUGAGAAAGAUGUUCCGUAACCCUGGCAACGGAUACAUGACGGCCUUUUUUCUAUUAUUAUUGUUUGGGUCCGUGGCGUUAUUUAUUAUGACAUUGCGUGUAGGGCAAGAGGGAAUAAUGGCCCGAAUUAGAGCCUUGGAAACAGCCUUGGAAUUGCACCAAGAGAGCCGGAGCGCAUUAGAGCACAAAAGUAAUGAUAUAUUAAAGCUGGUGAAAUCUCUGCACAUGGCUUCUUUCAAUGGGAACAGAUUCUCUCCUGCCAAUGGUAAAAUCAAUGCAUCUUCAUCAUUAUCAGAAUCAAUGCCAAAACUCGUUUUGAGGAGAUAUGUUAGGGAGUCUUACGAUAAGAGUAAUCCGUUGUUUUACUUUCAACAGCAAGUGUCGCAGUCGGAAAAAGAAUUGCUCAUGGAAAUGUUAGCAGUUCUAGACCGGGCUUGCUCAAAACAUAAUAUCACAUAUCUUCUGUAUGGCGGUAGUCUCCUGGGUUCCUAUAGGCAUCAUGAUCUUAUUCCUUGGGAUGAUGACGUGGAUCUUCUGUUCAAUAUUCAAGAGAAGGCAAUAUUAUUUAAAGCUCUGUCCCAAUUCGCUCCAGAAUAUUACGUCAAUAAAGCUGGUCCGCGUUUGAAAUUUUUUUCAAAGAACUCGAACUUCACCACUAAAUAUAGCUGGCGGUGGCCGUAUCUAGAUCUUCAUUUUUACAAGGAGAAUCAGACCCAUAUUUGGGAUAGUUCGUAUGAAUUUCGUAACUAUAUAUACAAGAAAUCUAACGUCUUUCCCUUACACCGACGACCUUUUGGUAACGUAUACGCAAACGCGCCCUAUGAUUCAUACGCCGUACUUAGGAAAACGUACAAAAGUAGCAAGUGCCAAACGUAUUUCUACAGUCACAAGAAAGAGGUGGGAACCAGCGCUCGCAUGAGGGUGAUUCCAUGCGAAGAUUUGAGCGAUUUAAUUCCAUUUGUUCACCGCACAAGCGUUGACUUUGGUAUAGGUGUUAAAGAAACGCUGAAACUGGGACAGGAAACUCUCCAAGUAGUUAUCGUGGACGAACCUUCCUAUGCUAUAAGUAAACCCUAUAAGUUGGAACUAGUUGAGGGGAAUUAGUAUUUUUUAAACUUUAUUUAGCAUUCAUCAACUUCAAAGUUAUGUUUUUUGUAUAAGUAUUACUUUUGUAGCGGGUUGUAUAAUUGCAUAUUUUGGCUGAAGUUAUCUAUAUCUCAUGAUUUAACAAAAAAUGAAAGAAUAUGUUCAUUUGUCUUCCAAAUUUAUGUAUCUUUUUAUCCCGACGGAAAAGCCCGAGCGAUCCUGAUUGAGGUUGCGAUCGCCGUGGUUAAUGAACAUCAAUAGCUAUAGCUGUGAUUUAUGUGGACACAGAAAUCCCUACGGUGCUAUGGUAUAGUUUGAUCUUUUACAUAUAUUUAUAUAUUAUAAUCUUAUGUAAGGACGUAAGAAUUGCUUAUAGAUAAAAUUACAUAAUGCUGUUCUAGGGUAGAUAAGGAUGCUGAUCCUCGAAUGCAGUGAUUUUUCUGUCUUACAGAAGUAUAUACCGGUCGUAUAAUGCAGUUUCUGUGGGUAUCUCAUCAAAAGUUAUCUAUGAAAGUGAGGUGUACAUGUUUUAAAAAUACUGAAUCAGCGAUACGGCUCAUUUCAUACCGAAAUGUGCUAUCAAAUAUUGAAGUAUCUGAUUGUUACAAAUGGACAUAAUGGGACAUUUUAUGUCAAUUUGGGCUAAAGGUUCAUAAGCUACGAAAUGGUUCUAUUUGAGUUAUAAAUUAGACCAGGACUGCUGCUUGUACUGAAGUGGUUUGGUUAAGUUGAUUACUGCUAUUGUAAUUUAAAUAGCUUGUUUAAUACCGAUGAAGAGAAACAUGAUGAUCGCAUAGGUCGUGAUGAAUCGAUAUUAUUAUUAUUAUUAUUAUUAUUUCAUUGACUUACUCAGUUGUUGAUUUUUUCUGGGAAAGUGUACAUUUUUCCUUUUAGUGAGAUUCGGCAAGUUAAGUUGUGGAGAUCAUGAACAUAUAUUCUAAAUAUUUGCGUAUUCUUAAAGGGGCAUCCAAUGUCGUUAACAUUCCCAAGAUGGAGUAUCUGGAGUAUGAUUUGAUUUAUUUUUCAAUAUUGGGUCGCAAUUUCGACCCUCAAGAGGCAAUACGGUAAAUACAGCUGAUUUGGUAAAUAGAAGUUGGACGGACUUUUUAUACGCCUUGGAUAAAAUGGAAAAAGCUUGAACAUCGUUCCUGUAAGGCAGGUGGCUGAUAAGUUGGUUUAUGAGUUCGAUUCACCUUGAUUUUGAGGAUAUCAGUAUUUUUCGCACCUAUUUUUUUUUUUUUUUUUUUUUUUCAAAUUGGAAAAAAAAUGUUUCUAAGUUUGGGUACUGGUUUGAUAAGUAAAAGACAAUAACAAAUGACAUCAUAUCAGGGAAAAUCUUCACGAUGUUGAUUUGAUGCUUUGAAAUCGCCCGUGCUUCAGAUUUGACAUUUCCACCCCACCCCCCUCCAAAACUCUAAAAUUAAGCUUGUGUUCUCUGUUCUCUUCAAUCUUUAUAUGUUUAAAAAAACUUAAAAUAAAUUUCGUCUGUCGACCUACAGAGGGUCGCCGCUUGUUGAUCAAGUCAUCAAUUUUGCCUGUUCUCAUAGUGGAGAAGAUCAAAUCCUACGAGCCCAGUCUUCCUUGUUUGCAUUAUCUUUUGAGAAAAUUAUUUUAAAAAAGACUUAAAACAGACAGACAGUAUUACUUUAUCAGCCAUUUUAAUGAAAUGCUGUUUAGGGAAUUUUGAAUUGUAUUAGUAGAAUGAGAUUUUCCUUGGGAUGUGUAAUUUUAGUU